UGCUUCCUGUAAAAGUAUACUCUGGAAAGAGUGAAUGUGAAUUUUUUUAAACUUCUUUUUUUUUUUUAUUAAGAUCUGGUGCUUGAAACUAUGCAUCAAGACUUUCAAACUUCUUUUAAUCUAUUUUUGUCAGAUCAAUGCAAACAGAAUGUGUUUGAUACAGAUCAAACGUAACAUUAAUGAAUGCAGUAGCUUUGUUGUGGACAAAACAUUGAACCACUGUGUCAAAUUCCUCCCUCAAUUUUCUCUUCCAUCAAAAAUGAUCUAAUUUUUAAUUUUUCGCUUGAAAAGGCUUAGUUGAAUGUCUGUAUGGUCAUGCUUUAUAUCUUGUGCAGAUGUCAGUCUAUUCUGCUCUGAAUUUUAUACAGCUAUUUCCUAAUGGAAGAAAACAUUUUUCUAUCUAACGGGGUACUAGAAGAAACAUGUUUCUUUUUGUCUAGGUAACAAAAAACAGGAUAGUUGUUGCCCGUCUUGUAUGCUAAAAAUGGAUUAAUUAUAUCUUCUGGUGAGAAAAGUAGUAGGUAAGAAAUACAGGCUUAAUUAAACUCUCUUGACUGGCUGUAGUUACCAACUUGGGACAAGCUAUGAAAAGAACAGCAUUUAACUGCAGUGAGAAGUACCCCAAUUUAUUUUUUCCUCCAGUAUCAAACAGAGAACUGUUCUGUCUGCUUUUACAGUGGACCACACAUGAAUGCAUAGUACUUAGGGAUCAUUGUCAUGGUCUAAUUCUUACAGUUGCAGAAACAACUGUUGCAAAUAAGUGGUGAUGGUUCCAUGAGUUCUUGGAAAAGUGCAGGAAGUUGUAUUUUGUGUAAUGAAGAGUAUUUUGACCAGUACUGGGAUUCUGAAAUAGCUUUGCCAUCCAACAAGGGGUAAAAAACAGUAUCUUGCAGAGCAGCAGGUUUAGAAAGUCUUCUCAGAGAGGCCAAAUAGUUACCCUGCAAUCAAUGGUAUACUUGAAACAUUGCUGUAGGAUGAAUAUAGUUAUGAACAUGAAAAGCAGAUACUGCAAUUUGGUUUUUGAUAAAAUGUAUUAAAAACAAAAGUGUCUGAAGAGGAAAGGACAGGAGAGUGUUUUUAAUGUAAUGGGAGCUACUGUGUUCAGUAAUCACACUGUUACACGGUUCUUUUCAUCUGUGAAUCUCAGUGUAUUUAUAAAAAUGCACAUACCAAUGCUCAUAGGGUUGUAAGCAUUUUAAGCAUCCUUUGUAGAUGCAGUCCUUUGCAGAGCUUAUUUUCUUGGACAUUAUAACUGAGUAAUACUGGACCUACAAAAUUUGGUCUUAAAUUGAUAAAUCUAAGAAAUUAAAAUCAUCACUAGCGAUAAGGUGGUUUGGUUUUGUUUUUUUGAAGUGCUACACAUCCCAUGAAUCUAUGAGGGCAGGUUCUUUUAGCACCAGUGACAGCCAAAUUACUAAGUGAGGAACUUUGAACCGCUGUAAACUUUGAAGUGAGCUCCCAGUAGUUCUUGCUUUCUGGAUUGUUAAAAGUAAACAAGAAACAAAAGCCGAUGCCUGCAGAUGCCAUGGAUUUCAGAGCUUGUUUCUGGUUCCAACAGGCUGUAGAGGAAACCAUCCAUGGUGGGAACAGUACUUUUGCCAUAGGAAGCUCUGGAAGACCUAGCCAAGGAUGAAAUAGCAAAGUGCAUCUAAAUGGCUUCUACUCUGACCUCAGCAUACUGAUGAUGAAAAGGAGGCAGCUGUGGGGUUAUUUGUUUCCCCUUCCCUGGAUGAUGGAUGGAGAGAUAUUCACUGCCACGUUGGUGCCAUCUGGGAACAUGACACCAAAUUCUAGCAUGACCCUGGAACAGAAAACAACGUUUGCCUUUGUGAUUUUAUUAUUUAUUUUCUUGGGAAUUCUCAUUGUUCGGUGUUUCCGAAUUCUUCUCGACCCAUAUCAGAGUAUGCCAACCUCAACCUGGGCUGAUGGACUUGAUGGACUGGAGAAAGGCCAGUUUGACUAUGCUCUUGCUUAGAGACUGGGAAUUACGGAGGGUUGUUUAGCACUCUGAUAAAGAAAGAAAAAUCCUGGAAUGUCUCUUAAUUUUGUUUCUGGUUUACAUUUUUUUCAAUUAUUGUAGGAAUUGUAACAUACAAAUAUGCACAAAAUGAAUUUGGUUUUAAUUAAAUACCAAAUCAAGUUCAGUUUUUGAAAGUAGAUUAGUGAAACUCCUCACUGGGAAAAAGGUAAAGGUUGUAUUACCAGAAGUUUUCUUCAGAAUGUGUUAGAACAAUACAUAGUGUAUGUGAUCUCUUACAGCUGGCUAAGAGAAACAAGAGCACAUCUUCUCUUGCAUACCCUUUGUAUCAUUAACAAGAAUCUGUGGAGGAAGUUGUCUUACAAAUGCGGUAAGAAUGUGUUUUUAUGAUCUAUAUGUAGUAAAUUAGCUUUUCAGGCUCCACAAAACUCUUCUUACUUUGUCUCCCAUGCCCUGAAGACAAGUAAGGAGGUUUCCCAUACUGUAAGAUAAGACUGAAAGAGCUAGAAAACUUCAGGAGAAAAAAAUUCCUCCAUGUUUUCCCAGGUACUCAGUAAAAUGCUCUUUCUUAGCAUUAAACAGUGAUUAAGCUAAUUAAUAUGAACAAAUCACUGACUGUAAUCUUUUUCUGAGUAAGAUACAUAAUUAUUUUGGCCUAUCUUUGUCUUUUUGUGUCAAAACUGAUUUCUAUUAAGGGAAGUUUUUGCAUUGUUCUUACAACAGGUUAUGCAAACAAAAUUCAGUCUUGCAUGUAUUUCAAACCCUGAAUUUCCAGCAUCCACUCAGCCUGUUUAUUUGGUGCGUAGGUCACACUGCAUUGUUUUUGUUUCCUAACUGGAUGACUGAAACAUUGGUGCUGAGAAUCAAUAAAUAACCACCACCUGCUUUACCUAUAAA